AUGGAUUUAGAUCCUGAAUUCGCUCCCUCGCCUGAACAUUCGGAAGAUGAAAACAAUGAUGACGGCAAAAAGGCGCCAGACGCACUGAAGGGUGCCAACGGUGGCUACGCUUGGGAGGACCAAUACAGACGUUCAUGGGAUAUAGUGCAGGAGGACGAGAGCGGAAGUAUAGAAUCAAUUGUGUCUGGCCUCGUGGAGUCACAAAAAAAGCGAUACAUGAAAAACAUUACGCCUUUCCAACGUGGAAUCAUCCGUACAAUGGUACUGGUUCUGGAUUUCUCUAAUGUCAUGAUGGAAAAAGAUUUUAGACCUAAUCGAGUGUCUGUGAUGAUUUCCAACGCCAUAGAAUUCGUCGGCGAAUUUUUCGACCAAAACCCUAUUUCACAGCUCAGCAUAGUCAUUAUGCGCAACGGUAUUGCUCAGCUUGUUUCUGAAGUGAGUGGCAAUCCUCACGACCACAUUGAAGCACUAAAGAAUAUUCGCAAACUAGAACCUCAAGGGUAUCCUUCUCUACAAAACGCUUUGGAAAUGUGCCGAGGCCUUCUGUUGCAUGUUGCUUCGCACUGCACGCGAGAGGUGCUGGUGAUAUUUGGUGCCCUAUUCACUUCAGAUCCAGGAAAUAUACAUAAAACGAUUCAGGAUCUGGUGCGAGAGAAAAUCACCGUGCGUGUGAUCGGGUUGACAGCACAGGUGGCUGUUUGCCAGGAGCUAUGCCGCAUGACAAAUUACGGAGACCUUAAAAAUUCGUACCAUGUGGUGUUGUACGAGCAGCAUUUUAAAGAGCUAUUUAUGGACGCUGUCACGCCAUUGGCGGUGACGAAAGUUGAAUCGCAAAAGAAAGACGGGUUCACCCUUGUGAAAAUGGGAUUCCCCUCGCGAGUGAGUGAUAAUCAGCCGACAUUCUGCUCCUGCCAUUCGAAGGCGGUGUAUGGGGGCUAUAUCUGUCCGAACUGUAAAAGCAAGGUAUGUGUGCUGCCCACAGUUUGUCCGUGCUGCGAUCUGAUGCUAAUUCUGUCGACACACCUUGCACGAUCGUACCACCACCUGUUCCCGCUGAAACUCUUCCAGGAAGUGCCCGUUAGCGAAGAGUAUAGCUCGAGCCACUGCUUUGGCUGCCAAGCGCAGUUCCCGCCUGGCGUGGCCCCAUCGGCGCGACGAGAGUACCACACGAGCUCGCGGUACCACUGCCAGGACUGCAAUAAGGACUUUUGCAUUGACUGCGACGUGUUCAUCCACGAGGUCUUGCACAACUGCCCGGGCUGCGAGGCUGAUAGCAGAAAGCUAUAA